UAACAACCUCACUUUGCUAUCAACCAUGAAGAGGCACAGUUUUUUUAUUCUACUUUUCAUCUUGCCUAUAUUCAUUAGGACUCGAUCGGAGGUGCCUAACAGCAAAGCUAUUUUAGAUCAACUGAUCUCAAGUGAUGCACCCAAAGUCUUAUCAGAAACUAAUUUGAAAAAAUCAGCACCCAAAGUCUUAUCAGAAACUGAUUUGAAAAGAUCAGUACCUCUACCGGAAAAUACGACUCAAAAUGUCAGCACCAGCAGUCCCCAUAGUUCAACAUCCACUUCGAGUCCCCUUAACACAACGGUGACAGUCUCAGCGAGAUCCCCGAAUGCAACAAUAGCAUAUCCAUUCGUAGCAUCACUGCAAAUCAAAAAGGGAAAGUUUAUGCAUCUCUGUGGCGCUACAAUAUUGGAUGCCAACUUCGUAUUGACGGCGGCUCAUUGCUUUCUAAAAUACCCCAAGCUGAAGCCCAAAAAUUAUCUUGUGGCCGCUGGCAGCAAUCGACUGUUCAAUGCGAAAACAAAACGUUUUCGUGUUAGCAGUUUAAGAAAACAUCCGAAUUUCAAGCCCCUGAAGGGCCAUGAUAUUGCAUUGCUGAAGCUAGCAACACCCAUACCGAUCGACAAUAUUCGAUUCGCAGCUUUAGACUUUCGGGAUACCACUAGAAAGCCCAGCAAUGUGAAUACUCUGCUCGUCGGCUGGGGUCGCACCAAGCCAGGCAUACCAAAGAACCUAGAAACUGUCUCGUUCCGCACCAUAAAAGAUGAUAUGUGCUUUGUAGAUCAUAGAUUUAAAUUUUUGACUCAUUCGGAAAUUUGUGCGAUCCACACAACGGGAGUUCGUGGAGCUUGUGAUGGCGACUCAGGUGCACCUCUAGUAGACGUGAAUAAGCAUAAGCUCGUUGGCCUCCUCUCGUAUUCCCGCAAGCCCUGCGAGGUGCACAAAGUAUACGCCUUUACGCGAAUCAGCCCCCACGUGAGCUGGAUCAAGGAGCAAAUGAGGAUUAUGCAAUAGCAAGUCAAAUAAGAAACGCACUAAAUAAGUUUCUCACUGUCUAUUCUGCUUAAUAUAUGCAGUCAAAUUCCCACUUGACGCUUGCUUCAUUCCUAUCCCCAAAUGCAAAUAAAGGAAGUCACUUAAAAAAUUAUGCCGCCCACUUUGGCAAGUGCCAUGGGAUAUGCAGAGAUGAAAAUGUGUUAAUGUGCCGGGCCGCAACGCUUUUAGAAUUCAUGUCACUUUUAUAAGGUAACAGAUUCACGCGCGAUUGUCACUUACGCUGAUUUCCGCAACAGGCCCCCAGAGAGGACCCCCGUCGCCCCCAAAAGUCCGUGAGGAUGAAGGCGUGCCCCAACCAGGCGUAGGCAAUACAAAUGACAGUUACGUGUGCGGGUACUCCAUUUCUUUUAACUGCUUUUUUUAUUGCAUGCCCUGUACUGUAAGCAGUUAGGCAGGGUAUAUCGGUUGUUAAGGUAUAAAAAUAGAAAAAUUGGAAAUGAUUUAAUUUGAAUUUACUUGGUAAUUCUCAGUAAUAUUAAGGCUGGUUACAAGUGCUUCUCAGCAGAGCUCAACAUAUUUGAAGAAAAAGUAAACUUUCCCCUUUUAUUUUUCAAAAUAUUUACCUUUGCUGACACAGCUGCACUCUGGGCAUUGUUGACUUUGUUUCUGAACAGAGUUCAAGGCAUAAGUCAUUGAUAUAAAUAUAUAAAGUCAUAUAUAUUGGAGAUAGUUAACUGUCGACGCAGUUCAAUUUAAGCAAUUGUGAAAUGAGGACGCGUCUUCUCUGGGCCUUCAUGACCAUUGUCCUUGCCUGGAGCAGCUGCUCUGCUGGCGCCUACAGACUGCUGGACUCCCUGGACGAACCUCAGCAAAGCUGUCCAGCGGGCCGAGUAAAUGCACAGCAUAAGGCAUAUUACAAAGUGGAUAAAUUGAACGAGGCGCCUGAUAAAGAAACUUGCGGCAUAUCCGAGCCGCGCCACAAACCCCUGCGACUGCUGCUGCGCAUAUUCAGCAUUAGGAGACCCAUCAGAUGGGAGCCACUAAAUGUAACACCCGGACAUCAUGUGGAGCGCAGAGCUGGGCUCUUCAGAGAGACUCGACAUAUAGAGAAGCCCAGACGAAAAUUGAUUCUGAUUUUGAACGAAAGGCCCCAUGAUAUGCAGCCAGGCAACGCUCGUUUCAUGUAACAUAUUUCUCAUAUUUAUUAUCCAUCAAGUUUUUGAUUAGUUUUAAGUGCUCAUAAUUAAAGAAAGUUGCUAAAACACA